AGCGGUUCACGGCGCAAUUCCUCCUUUCGUCUCCAUCAACAGCAUUGUCCGUUCCAUUUCUUGGAGUUUCUUUCCAUUUUGUUCUUUGUAUGCAUUCAGCGCAUUGUGUUUUCCACCACUCGGAACCACCAUUUCGCCCUUUGUUCUCGGGCCCUUUCUUGCAUCUUUCCAACUUGCAAUAUUUCACGAUAGCACUGUUUGCGUCCCUAGCCUGUAUUUCCUGCAUUCCUGCAUUCCUGCAUUCCUGGUGUUUUUUGUCCGGUUUUUUGAGUUCUUACUUCCACGUCACCACGAUCCUCUGGCUUAGCAUGAUGCGCGGGAUAUCAUCAAUUUCUUGUUUGGGUUUAGACUUUGCAUUGCUGGCGUUUGGUCAUUUUUCGAGUCCUUGUUCAAUAUCUUGUUUUCAUGCCGUGUGUCCUGCGUAAUCAAGCCACUAGCCUGUUGUUUAUAGUGUACUAGCUAUGUCCAACAUGGAUAGAGCCUGAUGCAAGGGCCGUAUAGGAAGACUAGUCACUCUUUUCUCGUAUGUCAAUAUUAAGAAAUCUCCGCACACUUCCAUUUCUGCAUUGCUACAUGUUUACAGUAUUGGUGUUUGCUUUGCGGUUGAGCCAAUCAAGCCA